GUACAGGAGGAAGGAAUGGAAUUGGAAGGAAGAAAAUUCAUUCCAGAGACAAAAUAGCUCCUUUCCUCUGUUGUAGCUGUUUUCUGGCAAUACAGACUUUCUGCUUUCAGGUUCUGUAGCAUUCCAGACCUCGAGCACCGGAUCAGGAUGGGAAAAAGACGUUGUGUCCCUCCACUCGAGCCCAAGUUGGCAGCAGGGUGUUGUGGGGUCAAGAAGCCCAAGUUAUCUGGCAGUGGAGCACACAGUCACGGGAACCAGUCCACAACUGUCCCCGGCUCUAGUUCAGGACCUCUUCAAAACCACCAGCAUGUGGACGGCAGUAGUGGACGGGAGAAUGUGUCGGACUUAACUCUGGGACCUGGAAACUCUCCCAUCACACGAAUGAAUCCUGCCUCGGGAGCGCUGAGCCCUCUCCCCCGGCCCAAUGGAACUGCCAACACCACGAAGAACCUGGUGGUAACCGCAGAGAUGUGCUGCUACUGCUUCGAUGUGCUCUACUGUCACCUCUAUGGCUUCCCACAACCACGACUUCCUAGGUUCACCAAUGACCCCUAUCCUCUCUUUGUGACAUGGAAGACAGGGCGGGACAAGCGGCUUCGUGGCUGUAUCGGGACCUUCUCAGCCAUGAAUCUUCAUUCAGGACUCAGGGAAUACACGUUAACCAGUGCACUUAAGGACAGCCGAUUUCCCCCCCUGACCCGAGAGGAGCUGCCUAAACUUUUCUGCUCUGUCUCCCUCCUUACUAACUUUGAGGAUGCCAGUGAUUACCUGGACUGGGAGGUAGGGGUCCAUGGGAUUCGAAUUGAAUUCAUCAAUGAGAAAGGUGUCAAACGUACAGCCACAUAUUUACCUGAGGUUGCUAAGGAACAAGACUGGGAUCAGAUCCAGACAAUAGACUCCUUACUCAGGAAAGGUGGCUUUAAGGCUCCAAUUACCAGUGAAUUCAGAAAAACGAUCAAACUUACCAGGUACCGAAGUGAGAAGGUGACAAUCAGUUACGCAGAGUAUAUUGCUUCUCGACAGCACUGUUUCCAGAAUGGCACUCUUCAUGCCCCGCCCCUCUACAAUCAUUACUCCUGACACACGGCUGCAUGACCAGUCCCACCCCCCUGUGGCCGCCAAUGGCUAUGACAUCAUUGGAGCAGAUGCCUCCUCUUCCUGGUCCAGUUACUUCUAUUACUGCACCAUUUUAUGAUGCUAGCUUCCGUUGCCAAGUCUGCCUCCCGCUGACUGAGGGUGGGGGGGUGGGGUUACACUGAGUGAAACAACUCAAGGGGCCCAAGCCUUAUCUCAGCCUUUCCUCAAUAUGGGGUUCUGUUGGAUUGGGGCUCCUCCAGGACUAGUGAGAAUUACCGUGUGGGUUCAGAAGACCUGUGUCUGUUGAUUUGCUGCACGUGUGUUAGCCACACGCCAGAAGCUGGAAUUGGUGAUCCAUGAAAGCUUACCCCACACACACCCCUACAGCCUCCCCAGAUCGAGUAGGUGUAUCCCCUGGCAGUCUGGGCAACGGAGACCAACAAGAAACAUUUUUAGGUUGUUUUAAAUUCCUUUUUUUAAACUUCCAGUUUAUUGCGUACCAAGAGUUGAUCACAACCUCCAUGCUUCAUAAGUGGACGCCAUGUUAGGGUUGAAUGUGGGCACCAUGAGUCCUUCUCGGCUCCUGGACAGAGACCCACAU